GUCCAGGCAGAUUUUGAACUUUCACCCUGCACCGGUCCUUCCUCUUCCGUCUGCAGUGAUAGCAGGUCAAGAUGGUGCAGCGCCUGACUUACCGCCGUAGGCUUUCCUACAACACCACUUCAAACAAGACCAGACUGUCCCGUACUCCAGGUAACCGCGUUGUAUACCUGUAUACCAAGAAGACUGGUAAAGCACCCAAGUCAGCAUGCGGAAUCUGCCCUGGUAGACUGCGUGGUAUUCGUGCUGUCAGACCCCAGGUCCUCAUGAGGCUGUCAAAAACCAAGAAGCACGUCAGCAGAGCCUAUGGUGGUUCCAUGUGUGCCAAGUGUGUACGAGACAGGAUCAAGAGAGCUUUUCUUAUUGAGGAGCAGAAGAUCGUCGUCAAAGUACUGAAGGCACAGGCACAGAGCCAAAAGACUAAAUAAAUGAGGAUUUGUACUGUUUAAAAUAAAAGAUUUGGAAACCAC